AUGUCGCUAUCGCUGUCGGGAACUUUCAGCUGCGACAGUUCGCGCUUCAGCUGCGACGGCGCGCCCGACGACACGGGCUGGGAGAGCCCCUCGGAUUGCGGCGGCGAUGCGGUCUUCGGCGCGCAGUACGGCGACCGCCCCGCCAGCCGCAGGCGGAGCUUCGCAGGCGCGGGCACGAACCUCUCGAUCGGACGGCUGUCGGAUGGGCAUUUGAGCCUGGAGCGCGGGUGCAAGUCGGCGACAGUGUCGCGCGUUAGCAGCCGCCUGCUGGCCCCCACGCAGUCGUCGCAAGCCAAGUCGCGUUCUCUCGCCCAUCGGCACGCAGCGGAGGACGGUGGGUCGGUGGGGCGCGAACCGUUCAGCACCUCGUCGCAGCCGCGGAGGACCAAAGCUGGCGGGACAGCAGCAGGAACGGCCCGCGGAACGGCCGCAGCAGCAAGCACAAACGAGCGUGUGCAUCCGCUUGUUUGUAGCCCACCUCGCGGAAAAGUUUCUGUGGAAAAAUCGGCACAAAACGCGGCGAAAGGCGGGCAGCGCGGGCAGGGGCGGCGAAUGUCGGACGCGAGUGAGAAUCUGGCGCUCAAGCUGGCCAAGCACCGACAGGGGCUGGGGGUGGUGGGCACCGGAGGUUCCAAGACGGGUGCUGGUGGCGCCGCUGUCGCUCCUCAGGUGCCACGUGGCGGGAGGGUGGGAUCUCGAGGGGGGGCUGCGGCUCCGCCCGGGUCCCGCAAUGCGCUGGCGGCGGACAGGAAGCCUCUGGUCGCGGGAUCUGCGGGGAAUGUUGCGCAGAGCCGCGUUGCGGCGGGGGAAGUGAAGCCCCGACAGCGCCUGGCGGACGGGAAAGGCACGCCUGGUGGUAGCGGCGGACGAAUCUCCGCGCAUGGCGCACCGGACGGGGGAAAGGGGCUGCGGGGACACAGUGCGGGGGGAUCAGGGAGCGGUAGGGGGAAUAACGAAAAGCGGGUAGUGGGGACAAUCGGGAUGGGGAACGGUGGGAGGGGCGUGAGCGCAGAGCAGACGACGAAGGAGCGUAAUGAAGGGAAAGAGGCAGCCCGGCACACAGACCCGUCGCGAGGGACGAGGGGCAGUGCAAGGCGGGUAGCUGCGCAAGGCUUGGGAAGCAGCUGCGGCGCAAAAGGCCCACGUGGAUGCGAUCAGAGUGGCACGGAGGAUGGGUCUGCGCCCCACACGACACUCCACACUGCACCCCGCGCGCAACAUACUCCUUCCCACCAACACCCAACUCCUCCUCCACCUCCGUCUGAUCAAUUGCCUUUGGUCACCCAGCCAACUGAUAACCAGUCCAUCAGCCAAACCAACUUCACCCUCCCGCCCAGCCUCCUGCUCCUCCCGCUCACCUUCCCCUCCCCCAGCCCCUCCUCCGCGGGGUCCGCGGACGACGCGGACAUGCCGUGGGCGGAGCUGAUAUGCGACGUGCGCGGCAUGGAGCAGGACGUGCAGUACGUGCGGCACGCCAUGCUCGCCGCUGGCUUCCUCUCCGACGCCCUCCCGCCGCUCUUCUCCCCGUACCUCCCCAUCAACCCCGCCUUCUUCCAGCACCUCGAAUCCGCCUUCCUCAUGCGCUGCUACGCGCACGCCACGCACGACCCGUCUCACCUGACUGCCAGCCUGCCCUCCCUCCCUCUCGCCAUACCCGCGUCAUACCACGAGGAGCGCCGGCAGCGCAUGCUGCUCUUUGACGCCGUCAACGAGGCCCUUGGCCGCCGCCUCGCGCCUUUCCUCCCGCGCGCGCCGUGGUCCCCCGCGCUCGUGCAAGUGGCGCCGCGCAGGCGGCCUGUGGGCAUGGAGCUGGUGCAGGAGGUGUGGUCGGAGAUUCACUCAUGGCCCGUGGCGUCGACUGAUGAGGUGUACACUGUACUGGAUGAGUCAGCGAGGCGUGACCUGUGGAGGGGCACGGAGAGGUGGCGUGCACAGGAUGUAGCGGAGGAAGAGCCGGGUGUUGUGUUUGGUGUGGAAGGGAGGCUGCUGGAGGAGCUGCUAGAGGAGGUGUGCUUGGAGUUUGUGGAGGUGGAGUGGAGCAAAGGCGGGCGAGUGGAGUUCAACGGUCACACGAAGCGCACGCACACAGUGGAGAGGGACCUCAACCCCGUGUGGGAUGAGAAGUUCGUGUUUGCAGUCCCCAUCCCUUCACCCCUCAACCCCGCACUGGCCGACCACCAAGAGCUGGUCCACGUCACCAUCUACACCCUCUCCUCUGCCGCCGCCCCUCUCGUUGCGGCCGGCAGUAUCUCGGCCAGCUUUCGCCGCCCGGUGCUGGGCUCCGCCCCUAGUGGGGGGGCGCCAGGCGAUCCGGAGAGAAGCGUGUUUCUGGGGAAGGUGCAGGUGCCCGUCCGCAUACAUGCCCCUGCGCCCGGUAUCCCUCUCCACCCCUCCGCACCCCUCGACUGGCUGCCUCUCGAGCGCCGCUCCCUUGUCAAUCGCGUGCGGGGCGACCUGGGCCUGGCAGUGUCCUACCAGGACGUGCCAGCCUCAUCUGUCAACCCCGACUGCCUCGACGAGUUCGACCAAUGCGAGGCCGACAGGUGGCACCUCCCGCCGUCCGCGUCCACGUCAUCCUUUUCCGACGAUGAAAACCUGCCCACAGCCCUGUCCCACCAGCUCUCCAGACACAGCAGCCGCAAUGCUGCCUCACAUUCCUCCAAUCCUCCCCCCACCCUUCCCCCUCCCCCCGCUCCCCCCACACUCCCCACUCUCCCCACACUCCCCACUCUCCCCCUUCUCCCCACGUUCCCCUCUCUCUAUGCCUCCACCCCCCUUUGCACCAUCGUUUCUUCUGACGAGUCUUCCCCCCAGCCUGUUUCACCCUCCUCCACCGCCCUCUCCCCACUGCUUCCCCCCGCCUCUGCUCACGGCAAUGCACAACGCCAUGCCACCGUGCCUGCUGAGAAAGCGGGGGCAAAGGGCGAGGCAUAUGAAGGAAAGGGUGAGGGGGAGGGGGAAGGGGAGGGAGAGGGGGAAGGGGAGGGAGAGGAGGGGGAGGACGAGGUGUUGUUGGCAAUGGAGCCGAUUCUGUUUGUGCGCGUGGUGCAGGCGCGCUCACUGCUAGGGCUCGAUCUCAAUGCCUCCAGUGACCCCGUGAGUGUGCUGCCCUCAUGCGAUUUAUUGUGUGGUGACAGUGAGUCAUGCGUGCUCACCUCCCACACCCCUCUCACCAUUUCCUUUCCCCUGCCUCCAUGUGCACGUGCAUGUCAGUUCGCGAUGGUGACGGUGGGCAAGGUCACAGCCCGCACUCGCACCGUCCCUGAUGACGUCAACCCCAAGUGGAACCAGGUCACCCGCUCUACUCUCUCUCGUCACUCCGCUUUUCCACUGCUCCCUUCUUGCAACUCAAUGUGCCUCGUCCAACCCUUGCACCUCUCCCCAUUUCCCCAUGCCGUCCUUCCCCAUGCCGUCCUUCCCCAUGCCGUCCUUCCCCAUGCCGUCCUUCCCCAUGCCGUCCUUCCCCAUGCCGUCCUUCCCCAUGCCGUCCUUCCCCAUGCCGUCCUUCCCCAUGCCGUCCUUCCCCGCUCCUCUCUGCCCCUGCAGGUCUUUGCAAUCGGCCAGUCCGCCACGUCUUUCUCGCUCGCCAAUCCCGCCUCCACGCUCGAGAUAGUGCUCAAGAACGAGGUGCGUAUCUGGAGGGGAGUGCACAUGUGCGUGCGGGCGAGCUUCACACCUCUGGCGUUGUCACCACGCAUCCGCUCUUUCCAUCUCUCGCUGCACCUACAAUCCUCUCUUGCGCCUCGUUUCUUUCAAACCUUCGCCUUCAUUUCCAUCCCAUCCCUCCAUGCUCCUCAAUCCCAUCCCUCCAUGCUCCUCAAUCCCAUCCCUCCAUGCUCCUCAAUCCCAUCCCUCCAUGCUCCUCAAUCCCAUCCCUCCAUGCUCCUCAAUCCCAUCCCUCCAUGCUCCUCAAUCCCAUCCCUCCAUGCUCCUCAAUCCCAUCCCUCCAUGCUCCUCAAUCCCAUCCCUCCAUGCUCCUCAAUCCCAUCCCUCCAUGCUCCUCAAUCCCAUCCCUCCAUGCUCCUCAAUCCCAUCCCUCCAUGCUCCUCAAUCCCAUCCCUCCAUGCUCCUCAAUCCCAUCCCUCCAUGCUCCUCAAUCCCAUCCCUCCAUGCUCCUCAAUCCCAUCCCUCCAUGCUCCUCAAUCCCAUCCCUCCAUGCUCCUCAAUCCCAUCCCUCCAUGCUCCUCAAUCCCAUCCCUCCAUGCUCCUCAAUCCCAUCCCUCCAUGCUCCUCAAUCCCAUCCCUCCAUGCUCCUCAAUCCCAUCCCUCCAUGCUCCUCAAUCCCAUCCCUCCAUGCUCCUCAAUCCCAUCCCUCCAUGCUCCUCAAUCCCAUCCCUCCAUGCUCCUCAAUCCCAUCCCUCCAUGCUCCUCAAUCCCAUCCCUCCAUGCUCCUCAAUCCCAUCCCUCCAUGCUCCUCAAUCCCAUCCCUCCAUGCUCCUCAAUCCCAUCCCUCCAUGCUCCUCAAUCCCAUCCCUCCAUGCUCCUCAAUCCCAUCCCUCCAUGCUCCUCAAUCCCAUCCCUCCAUGCUCCUCAAUCCCAUCCCUCCAUGCUCCUCAAUCCCAUCCCUCCAUGCUCCUCAAUCCCAUCCCUCCAUGCUCCUCAAUCCCAUCCCUCCAUGCUCCUCAAUCCCAUCCCUCCAUGCUCCUCAAUCCCAUCCCUCCAUGCUCCUCAAUCCCAUCCCUCCAUGCUCCUCAAUCCCAUCCCUCCAUGCUCCUCAAUCCCAUCCCUCCAUGCUCCUCAAUCCCAUCCCUCCAUGCUCCUCAAUCCCAUCCCUCCAUGCUCCUCAAUCCCAUCCCUCCAUGCUCCUCAAUCCCAUCCCUCCAUGCUCCUCAAUCCCAUCCCUCCAUGCUCCUCAAUCCCAUCCCUCCAUGCUCCUCAAUCCCAUCCCUCCAUGCUCCUCAAUCCCAUCCCUCCAUGCUCCUCAAUCCCAUCCCUCCAUGCUCCUCAAUCCCAUCCCUCCAUGCUCCUCAAUCCCAUCCCUCCAUGCUCCUCAAUCCCAUCCCUCCAUGCUCCUCAAUCCCAUCCCUCCAUGCUCCUCAAUCCCAUCCCUCCAUGCUCCUCAAUCCCAUCCCUCCAUGCUCCUCAAUCCCAUCCCUCCAUGCUCCUCAAUCCCAUCCCUCCAUGCUCCUCAAUCCCAUCCCUCCAUGCUCCUCAAUCCCAUCCCUCCAUGCUCCUCAAUCCCAUCCCUCCAUGCUCCUCAAUCCCAUCCCUCCAUGCUCCUCAAUCCCAUCCCUCCAUGCUCCUCAAUCCCAUCCCUCCAUGCUCCUCAAUCCCAUCCCUCCAUGCUCCUCAAUCCCAUCCCUCCAUGCUCCUCAAUCCCAUCCCUCCAUGCUCCUCAAUCCCAUCCCUCCAUGCUCCUCAAUCCCAUCCCUCCAUGCUCCUCAAUCCCAUCCCUCCAUGCUCCUCAAUCCCAUCCCUCCAUGCUCCUCAAUCCCAUCCCUCCAUGCUCCUCAAUCCCAUCCCUCCAUGCUCCUCAAUCCCAUCCCUCCAUGCUCCUCAAUCCCAUCCCUCCAUGCUCCUCAAUCCCAUCCCUCCAUGCUCCUCAAUCCCAUCCCUCCAUGCUCCUCAAUCCCAUCCCUCCAUGCUCCUCAAUCCCAUCCCUCCAUGCUCCUCAAUCCCAUCCCUCCAUGCUCCUCAAUCCCAUCCCUCCAUGCUCCUCAAUCCCAUCCCUCCAUGCUCCUCAAUCCCAUCCCUCCAUGCUCCUCAAUCCCAUCCCUCCAUGCUCCUCAAUCCCAUCCCUCCAUGCUCCUCAAUCCCAUGCUCCUCAUCCCUCCAUGCUCCUCAAUCCCAUCCCUCCAUGCUCCUCAAUCCCAUCCCUCCAUGCUCCUCAAUCCCAUCCCUCCAUGCUCCUCAAUCCCAUCCCUCCAUGCUCCUCAAUCCCAUCCCUCCAUGCUCCUCAAUCCCAUCCCUCCAUGCUCCUCAAUCCCAUCCCUCCAUGCUCCUCAAUCCCAUCCCUCCAUGCUCCUCAAUCCCAUCCCUCCAUGCUCCUCAAUCCCAUCCCUCCAUGCUCCUCAAUCCCAUCCCUCCAUGCUCCUCAAUCCCAUCCCUCCAUGCUCCUCAAUCCCAUCCCUCCAUGCUCCUCAAUCCCAUCCCUCCAUGCUCCUCAAUCCCAUCCCUCCAUGCUCCUCAAUCCCAUCCCUCCAUGCUCCUCAAUCCCAUCCCUCCAUGCUCCUCAAUCCCAUCCCUCCAUGCUCCUCAAUCCCAUCCCUCCAUGCUCCUCAAUCCCAUCCCUCCAUGCUCCUCAAUCCCAUCCCUCCAUGCUCCUCAAUCCCAUCCCUCCAUGCUCCUCAAUCCCAUCCCUCCAUGCUCCUCAAUCCCAUCCCUCCAUGCUCCUCAAUCCCAUCCCUCCAUGCUCCUCAAUCCCAUCCCUCCAUGCUCCUCAAUCCCAUCCCUCCAUGCUCCUCAAUCCCAUCCCUCCAUGCUCCUCAAUCCCAUCCCUCCAUGCUCCUCAAUCCCAUCCCUCCAUGCUCCUCAAUCCCAUCCCUCCAUGCUCCUCAAUCCCAUCCCUCCAUGCUCCUCAAUCCCAUCCCUCCAUGCUCCUCAAUCCCAUCCCUCCAUGCUCCUCAAUCCCAUCCCUCCAUGCUCCUCAAUCCCAUCCCUCCAUGCUCCUCAAUCCCAUCCCUCCAUGCUCCUCAAUCCCAUCCCUCCAUGCUCCUCAAUCCCAUCCCUCCAUGCUCCUCAAUCCCAUCCCUCCAUGCUCCUCAAUCCCAUCCCUCCAUGCUCCUCAAUCCCAUCCCUCCAUGCUCCUCAAUCCCAUCCCUCCAUGCUCCUCAAUCCCAUCCCUCCAUGCUCCUCAAUCCCAUCCCUCCAUGCUCCUCAAUCCCAUCCCUCCAUGCUCCUCAAUCCCAUCCCUCCAUGCUCCUCAAUCCCAUCCCUCCAUGCUCCUCAAUCCCAUCCCUCCAUGCUCCUCAAUCCCAUCCCUCCAUGCUCCUCAAUCCCAUCCCUCCAUGCUCCUCAAUCCCAUCCCUCCAUGCUCCUCAAUCCCAUCCCUCCAUGCUCCUCAAUCCCAUCCCUCCAUGCUCCUCAAUCCCAUCCCUCCAUGCUCCUCAAUCCCAUCCCUCCAUGCUCCUCAAUCCCAUCCCUCCAUGCUCCUCAAUCCCAUCCCUCCAUGCUCCUCAAUCCCAUCCCUCCAUGCUCCUCAAUCCCAUCCCUCCAUGCUCCUCAAUCCCAUCCCUCCAUGCUCCUCAAUCCCAUCCCUCCAUGCUCCUCAAUCCAUCCCUCCAUGCUCCUCAAUCCCAUCCCUCCAUGCUCCUCAAUCCCAUCCCUCCAUGCUCCUCAAUCCCAUCCCUCCAUGCUCCUCAAUCCCAUCCCUCCAUGCUCCUCAAUCCCAUCCCUCCAUGCUCCUCAAUCCCAUCCCUCCAUGCUCCUCAAUCCCAUCCCUCCAUGCUCCUCAAUCCCAUCCCUCCAUGCUCCUCAAUCCCAUCCCUCCAUGCUCCUCAAUCCCAUCCCUCCAUGCUCCUCAAUCCCAUCCCUCCAUGCUCCUCAAUCCCAUCCCUCCAUGCUCCUCAAUCCCAUCCCUCCAUGCUCCUCAAUCCCAUCCCUCCAUGCUCCUCAAUCCCAUCCCUCCAUGCUCCUCAAUCCCAUCCCUCCAUGCUCCUCAAUCCCAUCCCUCCAUGCUCCUCAAUCCCAUCCCUCCAUGCUCCUCAAUCCCAUCCCUCCAUGCUCCUCAAUCCCAUCCCUCCAUGCUCCUCAAUCCCAUCCCUCCAUGCUCCUCAAUCCCAUCCCUCCAUGCUCCUCAAUCCCAUCCCUCCAUGCUCCUCAAUCCCAUCCCUCCAUGCUCCUCAAUCCCAUCCCUCCAUGCUCCUCAAUCCCAUCCCUCCAUGCUCCUCAAUCCCAUCCCUCCAUGCUCCUCAAUCCCAUCCCUCCAUGCUCCUCAAUCCCAUCCCUCCAUGCUCCUCAAUCCCAUCCCUCCAUGCUCCUCAAUCCCAUCCCUCCAUGCUCCUCAAUCCCAUCCCUCCAUGCUCCUCAAUCCCAUCCCUCCAUGCUCCUCAAUCCCAUCCCUCCAUGCUCCUCAAUCCCAUCCCUCCAUGCUCCUCAAUCCCAUCCCUCCAUGCUCCUCAAUCCCAUCCCUCCAUGCUCCUCAAUCCCAUCCCUCCAUGCUCCUCAAUCCCAUCCCUCCAUGCUCCUCAAUCCCAUCCCUCCAUGCUCCUCAAUCCCAUCCCUCCAUGCUCCUCAAUCCCAUCCCUCCAUGCUCCUCAAUCCCAUCCCUCCAUGCUCCUCAAUCCCAUCCCUCCAUGCUCCUCAAUCCCAUCCCUCCAUGCUCCUCAAUCCCAUCCCUCCAUGCUCCUCAAUCCCAUCCCUCCAUGCUCCUCAAUCCCAUCCCUCCAUGCUCCUCAAUCCCAUCCCUCCAUGCUCCUCAAUCCCAUCCCUCCAUGCUCCUCAAUCCCAUCCCUCCAUGCUCCUCAAUCCCAUCCCUCCAUGCUCCUCAAUCCCAUCCCUCCAUGCUCCUCAAUCCCAUCCCUCCAUGCUCCUCAAUCCCAUCCCUCCAUGCUCCUCAAUCCCAUCCCUCCAUGCUCCUCAAUCCCAUCCCUCCAUGCUCCUCAAUCCCAUCCCUCCAUGCUCCUCAAUCCCAUCCCUCCAUGCUCCUCAAUCCCAUCCCUCCAUGCUCCUCAAUCCCAUCCCUCCAUGCUCCUCAAUCCCAUCCCUCCAUGCUCCUCAAUCCCAUCCCUCCAUGCUCCUCAAUCCCAUCCCUCCAUGCUCCUCAAUCCCAUCCCUCCAUGCUCCUCAAUCCCAUCCCUCCAUGCUCCUCAAUCCCAUCCCUCCAUGCUCCUCAAUCCCAUCCCUCCAUGCUCCUCAAUCCCAUCCCUCCAUGCUCCUCAAUCCCAUCCCUCCAUGCUCCUCAAUCCCAUCCCUCCAUGCUCCUCAAUCCCAUCCCUCCAUGCUCCUCAAUCCCAUCCCUCCAUGCUCCUCAAUCCCAUCCCUCCAUGCUCCUCAAUCCCAUCCCUCCAUGCUCCUCAAUCCCAUCCCUCCAUGCUCCUCAAUCCCAUCCCUCCAUGCUCCUCAAUCCCAUCCCUCCAUGCUCCUCAAUCCCAUCCCUCCAUGCUCCUCAAUCCCAUCCCUCCAUGCUCCUCAAUCCCAUCCCUCCAUGCUCCUCAAUCCCAUCCCUCCAUGCUCCUCAAUCCCAUCCCUCCAUGCUCCUCAAUCCCAUCCCUCCAUGCUCCUCAAUCCCAUCCCUCCAUGCUCCUCAAUCCCAUCCCUCCAUGCUCCUCAAUCCCAUCCCUCCAUGCUCCUCAAUCCCAUCCCUCCAUGCUCCUCAAUCCCAUCCCUCCAUGCUCCUCAAUCCCAUCCCUCCAUGCUCCUCAAUCCCAUCCCUCCAUGCUCCUCAAUCCCAUCCCUCCAUGCUCCUCAAUCCCAUCCCUCCAUGCUCCUCAAUCCCAUCCCUCCAUGCUCCUCAAUCCCAUCCCUCCAUGCUCCUCAAUCCCAUCCCUCCAUGCUCCUCAAUCCCAUCCCUCCAUGCUCCUCAAUCCCAUCCCUCCAUGCUCCUCAAUCCCAUCCCUCCAUGCUCCUCAAUCCCAUCCCUCCAUGCUCCUCAAUCCCAUCCCUCCAUGCUCCUCAAUCCCAUCCCUCCAUGCUCCUCAAUCCCAUCCCUCCAUGCUCCUCAAUCCCAUCCCUCCAUGCUCCUCAAUCCCAUCCCUCCAUGCUCCUCAAUCCCAUCCCUCCAUGCUCCUCAAUCCCAUCCCUCCAUGCUCCUCAAUCCCAUCCCUCCAUGCUCCUCAAUCCCAUCCCUCCAUGCUCCUCAAUCCCAUCCCUCCAUGCUCCUCAAUCCCAUCCCUCCAUGCUCCUCAAUCCCAUCCCUCCAUGCUCCUCAAUCCCAUCCCUCCAUGCUCCUCAAUCCCAUCCCUCCAUGCUCCUCAAUCCCAUCCCUCCAUGCUCCUCAAUCCCAUCCCUCCAUGCUCCUCAAUCCCAUCCCUCCAUGCUCCUCAAUCCCAUCCCUCCAUGCUCCUCAAUCCCAUCCCUCCAUGCUCCUCAAUCCCAUCCCUCCAUGCUCCUCAAUCCCAUCCCUCCAUGCUCCUCAAUCCCAUCCCUCCAUGCUCCUCAAUCCCAUCCCUCCAUGCUCCUCAAUCCCAUCCCUCCAUGCUCCUCAAUCCCAUCCCUCCAUGCUCCUCAAUCCCAUCCCUCCAUGCUCCUCAAUCCCAUCCCUCCAUGCUCCUCAAUCCAUCCCUCCAUGCUCCUCAAUCCCAUCCCUCCAUGCUCCUCAAUCCCAUCCCUCCAUGCUCCUCAAUCCCAUCCCUCCAUGCUCCUCAAUCCCAUCCCUCCAUGCUCCUCAAUCCCAUCCCUCCAUGCUCCUCAAUCCCAUCCCUCCAUGCUCCUCAAUCCCAUCCCUCCAUGCUCCUCAAUCCCAUCCCUCCAUGCUCCUCAAUCCCAUCCCUCCAUGCUCCUCAAUCCCAUCCCUCCAUGCUCCUCAAUCCCAUCCCUCCAUGCUCCUCAAUCCCAUCCCUCCAUGCUCCUCAAUCCCAUCCCUCCAUGCUCCUCAAUCCCAUCCCUCCAUGCUCCUCAAUCCCAUCCCUCCAUGCUCCUCAAUCCCAUCCCUCCAUGCUCCUCAAUCCCAUCCCUCCAUGCUCCUCAAUCCCAUCCCUCCAUGCUCCUCAAUCCCAUCCCUCCAUGCUCCUCAAUCCCAUCCCUCCAUGCUCCUCAAUCCCAUCCCUCCAUGCUCCUCAAUCCCAUCCCUCCAUGCUCCUCAAUCCCAUCCCUCCAUGCUCCUCAAUCCCAUCCCUCCAUGCUCCUCAAUCCCAUCCCUCCAUGCUCCUCAAUCCCAUCCCUCCAUGCUCCUCAAUCCCAUCCCUCCAUGCUCCUCAAUCCCAUCCCUCCAUGCUCCUCAAUCCCAUCCCUCCAUGCUCCUCAAUCCCAUCCCUCCAUGCUCCUCAAUCCCAUCCCUCCAUGCUCCUCAAUCCCAUCCCUCCAUGCUCCUCAAUCCCAUCCCUCCAUGCUCCUCAAUCCCAUCCCUCCAUGCUCCUCAAUCCCAUCCCUCCAUGCUCCUCAAUCCCAUCCCUCCAUGCUCCUCAAUCCCAUCCCUCCAUGCUCCUCAAUCCCAUCCCUCCAUGCUCCUCAAUCCCAUCCCUCCAUGCUCCUCAAUCCCAUCCCUCCAUGCUCCUCAAUCCCAUCCCUCCAUGCUCCUCAAUCCCAUCCCUCCAUGCUCCUCAAUCCCAUCCCUCCAUGCUCCUCAAUCCCAUCCCUCCAUGCUCCUCAAUCCCAUCCCUCCAUGCUCCUCAAUCCCAUCCCUCCAUGCUCCUCAAUCCCAUCCCUCCAUGCUCCUCAAUCCCAUCCCUCCAUGCUCCUCAAUCCCAUCCCUCCAUGCUCCUCAAUCCCAUCCCUCCAUGCUCCUCAAUCCCAUCCCUCCAUGCUCCUCAAUCCCAUCCCUCCAUGCUCCUCAAUCCCAUCCCUCCAUGCUCCUCAAUCCCAUCCCUCCAUGCUCCUCAAUCCCAUCCCUCCAUGCUCCUCAAUCCCAUCCCUCCAUGCUCCUCAAUCCCAUCCCUCCAUGCUCCUCAAUCCCAUCCCUCCAUGCUCCUCAAUCCCAUCCCUCCAUGCUCCUCAAUCCCAUCCCUCCAUGCUCCUCAAUCCCAUCCCUCCAUGCUCCUCAAUCCCAUCCCUCCAUGCUCCUCAAUCCCAUCCCUCCAUGCUCCUCAAUCCCAUCCCUCCAUGCUCCUCAAUCCCAUCCCUCCAUGCUCCUCAAUCCCAUCCCUCCAUGCUCCUCAAUCCCAUCCCUCCAUGCUCCUCAAUCCCAUCCCUCCAUGCUCCUCAAUCCCAUCCCUCCAUGCUCCUCAAUCCCAUCCCUCCAUGCUCCUCAAUCCCAUCCCUCCAUGCUCCUCAAUCCCAUCCCUCCAUGCUCCUCAAUCCCAUCCCUCCAUGCUCCUCAAUCCCAUCCCUCCAUGCUCCUCAAUCCCAUCCCUCCAUGCUCCUCAAUCCCAUCCCUCCAUGCUCCUCAAUCCCAUCCCUCCAUGCUCCUCAAUCCCAUCCCUCCAUGCUCCUCAAUCCCAUCCCUCCAUGCUCCUCAAUCCCAUCCCUCCAUGCUCCUCAAUCCCAUCCCUCCAUGCUCCUCAAUCCCAUCCCUCCAUGCUCCUCAAUCCCAUCCCUCCAUGCUCCUCAAUCCCAUCCCUCCAUGCUCCUCAAUCCCAUCCCUCCAUGCUCCUCAAUCCCAUCCCUCCAUGCUCCUCAAUCCCAUCCCUCCAUGCUCCUCAAUCCCAUCCCUCCAUGCUCCUCAAUCCCAUCCCUCCAUGCUCCUCAAUCCCAUCCCUCCAUGCUCCUCAAUCCCAUCCCUCCAUGCUCCUCAAUCCCAUCCCUCCAUGCUCCUCAAUCCCAUCCCUCCAUGCUCCUCAAUCCCAUCCCUCCAUGCUCCUCAAUCCCAUCCCUCCAUGCUCCUCAAUCCCAUCCCUCCAUGCUCCUCAAUCCCAUCCCUCCAUGCUCCUCAAUCCCAUCCCUCCAUGCUCCUCAAUCCCAUCCCUCCAUGCUCCUCAAUCCCAUCCCUCCAUGCUCCUCAAUCCCAUCCAUCUCAUUCCUCCCUUCACAAUCUCUCCCACCCCACUUCCCCAUGCAUGCAUUCCCUCUCGUCGCAAACUCUUGUCCCUCCCUCCCUCCCCUCGUCUCCCCAUCCUCGACCCCAGGCAAAGCUCAGGCGAGCUGCAGGUGGCGGCGUGGAUAGGCGUGAGGGCGGACGAGCAGUUUGCAGAGGCAUGGCAGUCGGACGUGCACGGAGUGGCACACCACCGCUCGCGCACCUACCCCUCUCCACGCCUCUGGUACCUGCGCGUACACCCCUGCAAGCUGGAGCACCUCUCUGUACCGCGUGUUGCGCCCAACCUUGUGAGUUCUGAGACGUCUAAAAGGCCACGCCUCUGGUAUGCCUCUGGUACCCCUCUCCACGCCUCUGAGCCCAUGUCGUUCCAAUCCCAUUCUUUCCCCCACCCAUCAUCCCUGCACCCUCCCACCAAUCAGGUGGUGCGGCUACGAGUGCCCUGCGGCAUGCAGGUGCAGACAGGCCCCGCCACCCACCGCACUCCGGCACCGCCCGGCGAAAGUUAUGCUGGCGGGAACAGGCAGGUCAAUGUGAGCAACGCCAUGGGCAACGUGAGCAACGCCAUGGGCAACGUUAGCAACGUCAUGGGCAACGUUAGCAACGCCAUGGGCAAUGUGAGCAACGCCAUGGGCAACGUUAGCAACGCCAUGGGCAAUGUGAGCACCGCUAUUGGCAACGUGGGCAGUGCUAUGGGCAGCAUGCGGGGCCUUGGGGGCAGCCUGCGCAGCAUAGGAGGCAGCGUGCGCAUUCCCCCUGUCUUCCCCCUCCGCAGGGCCAUAGCAGAUGGGGCCAAGACAGGUGCAGGACCAGGCGCAGCGCAGGGCGCAGAGCAGGGCGCAGGGCAGGGCGCAGAGCAGGGCGCAGGGCAGGGCGCAGGGCAGGGCACGGAGCAUAGGACAGGGCAGGGCACAGGGCAGGGCGCCAGGGAGCGGACAGGCGCAGGCAGGGUUGCAGGAGGGGAGGAGGGGCGGGAGGAGGGCGUGUGGGUGUGGAGCGAGGGCGAUGAGCAGGUGGUGGUGGUGGCGGAGCCACUCAAUGGGCACCUGCACGUGCAGAUCGUGAAUGUCAUCUCGUCCUCCUGGGAAGAGGUGGUGGCAUCAGCAAGUGUUCUCAUCUCCUCCAUCCCCACCCGCAUCACCCUCAACCCCCUCGAACCCAUUUCAAUCGCUCUCCAAACCACUGCCUCUACCAUUCCUGCAGCCAUCACCACUGCAAACCGUACCCCCUCUGCCGACUCUCUCGAAUCCCCCUCUAAACAAUCCCCAGCCCCCAUUCUCGCCUCCUCCCUCUCCACCUCCUUCCUUUCCCUCUCCUCCUCCCCUCCCUCCUCCUCCUCCUCCCCCACGCCUCUCCUCUCCCUCCUCCUCGCUCUGGAGGGCGGCCACCACGUAUUCACCCAGCACCCCCGCUUCCUCUCCUCCCCGCUCCCCGCCGCCCGCUCCCUCUACCCGCCGCCCAUCGCGCGCCUCGAGAUCGGAAUCAUAUCGGCGAAGAAUCUGCAGCGGCCGGUGCCGAGCUCACUGGGGAGUGCGGGGAUGGAUGUAUAUGUGGUGGUGCGGUAUGGCGGCAUGUGGGCGCGCACAAGGACUGUGAGCGGGGAAGUUAACCCUGUGUGGCGCGAGCAGUUCAACUGGCCUGUCUACGACCUCUGCACUGUUGUCACCAUCGGCAUCUUUGAAAACAAGCACAACAGGGGCGUGACCACGUCAACAGACACCCCUCUGGGUCGCAUCCGCAUGCGCCUCAGCGCCAUAGACUCCACGCGCGCCAUCUCCUCGCACCAGCCGCUGCUGUGCCUCACCAAGAAGGGCGUGAAGCAGCUGGGCCACCUGCACCUGGCCCUGCGCCUCUCCCCCGCCAUCCGCCUCUCCCGCCUCGCUGCCACCUACAUCCGCCCCACGCUCCCCCCCGCGCACUACCACUUCCCCAUCCCGGAAUCCCAAGAACCAGCCCUCUUACAGGAGGCGGUCGGCCUGCUGUGUGCGCAGCUGGGAGCAUUCGACCCGCCGCUGCGAGCCGAGGUGGUGCAAUACAUGGGGGAGUGCGAUGAAGACGUGCUGUCAGUGCGGCGGCUUAAAGCCAACCUGCAGCGGAUCAAAAUGCUGCGGGCACAGUUCUCAGCCAUGGCUGCUGGCUUCAAGGCCGUGCGGUCCUGGGAGAGCCCUCCUCUCACGCUCACCGUUCACGUGGCCUACGCUUUCGCACUGUUCUACCCGUCCUUCAUCCUCCCCACGCUCUUCUUUCUCCUGGCCUGGCAACUGCUCGCCUCCUCCCCCACUCGCCCCCUUGGUCCGCCUCUGAUGGAUCUGAGGCUUUCGCAGGGGGAGGGUAGGGAAGUGGGGGCGGAGAUGGGAGGGGAGGAGGGGGAUGAUGGGGAUGAGGAGGACGAAGAGCAGGAAAAAGGUGGUUCCGGUCCAGUGGCGUACUAUAAGGCCCUGAGGGCCAAGUACGACAAGCUCAUGGACGGUGCAGGGAGGGUGCAACGGGGCCUUGGGGUCAUUGCUGACUCAGCAGAGAAGAUAGAGAUGCUGCUGACGUGGCGAGAUCCAAGCCACGUUCCUGCUGAUACCACUGUGCAUGGCACCCAUACUGCUGCUGCUCUUUUGACCCACCUCAAGUGUCCCCGUUUUGCACCUUCCUCCCCUUCCCCCGAUUUCGCCUCAGAACCACAUUCCUGCUCAUGUCACUGUGCACAGCACUCAUGCUGCUGCUCUUUUGACCCACCUCAAAAGUCAGUCUCUGCUUAA